CUCACAAUCACAAGCCACACCCAUGGCGACGACGGCCCAUCCGGCGCUCCCCUUGCUCAUCGUCCUAGCAUGUGCCGGCGCCGCCAGCGGGUUCUACCUCCCCGGCGUCGCCCCCGCCGACUUCCGCAAGAACGACUUGCUCGCCGUGAAGGUGAACCAGCUGAGCUCCAUCAAGACGCAGCUGCCAUACUCCUACUACUCCCUCCCCUUCUGCAGGCCGGACACCAUCGUCAACAGCGCCGAGAACCUCGGCCAGGUCCUCCGCGGCGACCGAAUCGAGAACUCACCCUACGUGUUCGAGAUGAUGGAGCCUAAACUGUGUCAGAUCGCGUGCAAGGUUGUUCUGACCGAGCAGGGAGCAAAGGACAUCAUGGAGAAAAUCCACGACGAGUACCGUGUAAACAUGAUUCUUGACAACCUCCCUAUGGUCGUCCCGAUUGAGAGAUUGGAUAGAGACGCGCCUCCAUUCUAUCAGCAAGGUGUGCACGUGGGUGUCAAGGGCCACUACGCUGGGAGUAAUGAAUUCAAGUAUUUCAUCCACAACCACUACUCAUUUCUCGUGAAGUAUAACAAGGAUGCACAAACAGAUCUCGCUAGGAUUGUGGCCUUUGAGGUUAAACCGUUCAGUCUUAAACAUGAAUUCGAUGGUGAUUGGAAGGGGAAUGCAACUCGACUUAAAACCUGUAAUACACAAUCUGAGCAUCUAAUAGUGAACUCCGAUGGGCCUGAAGAAGUAAAGGCAAACAAAGAGAUCAUUUUCACCUAUGAUGUUAACUUUGAGGAAAGCAGUAUCCAGUGGUCAUCCCGCUGGGACACCUACCUCCGCACGCCUGACGAUCAUUGGUUUUCCAUCGUGAAUUCUCUGACCACGGUCCUCUUCCUGUCUGUGAUGGUUGCCAUGAUCAUGCUCCGAACUCUGUACCGCGAUAUUUCCAAGUACAACCAGCUAGAGGACCAGGAGGAGGCCCAAGAGGAGUCUGGAUGGAAGCUUCUCCAUGGCGAUGUGUUCAGGCCUCCUGCCAAUGCCGACCUGCUGUGCGUGUACGUGGGCACAGGUGUACAAUUCUUUGGGAUGCUGCUGGUCACCUUGCUGAUUGCCAUCCUGGGGCUCCUGUCACCUUCAAACCGUGGAGGGUUCAUGACAGCCAUGAUCCUGCUCUGGGUCUUCAUGGGCCUGCUUGCAGGGUACUCCAUUGCACGUCUUCACAAGAUGUUCGGGGGGCUGGAAUGGGAGAAGGUCGCCAUCAAGACGGUCUUGGUAUUCCCUGGAGUCGUCUUCGUGAUAUUCUUUGCCCUGAACAGGCUCCUCUGGGGCGUGAAAUCAUCUGGGGCUGUGCCAUUCACCACCAUGUUGGCACUGGUUUUCCUGUGGCUCGGAAUCUCAAUGCCACUCAUCUUCGUCGGCAGCUACCUUGGGUUUAGGAAGCCUGCCAUACAGGGCCCAGUGAGGACAAACAAGAUCCCACGCCUGAUACCGCAGCAGCCAUGGUAUAUGAACCCAGCCGUCUCGGUGUUGGUCGGAGGUAUCCUACCCUUUGGUGCAGUGUUCAUGGAGCUCUUCUUCAUCCUGACAACGAUCUGGAUGCACCAGUUCUACUACAUCUUCGGGUUCCUGUUCCUCGUCUUUGUGAUCCUGAUAGUGACCUGCGCCGAGAUCACCAUCGUGCUUUGCUAUUUCCAGCUGUGCAGUGAGGACUACCAGUGGUGGUGGAGGUCCUACCUGACACCCGGCUCGUCGGCUCUGUACCUCUUCCUGUAUGCAGCAUUCUAUUUCUUCACGAAACUGCAGAUCACGAAGGCGGUCUCCGGCGUGCUCUACUUCGGCUACAUGCUCAUCGCGGCUUAUGCCUUCUUUGUACUCACCGGCACCAUUGGCUUUUAUGCCUGCUUCUGGUUCACCAGGCUUAUAUACUCUUCGGUGAAGAUUGACUAGGAAGCUAGAAUGCCAUCGUUUCAUGGUCGGCAAGAGAAAUCAGAGGUCAAUGUUGUGAAAGAAUACAUGAAAUGAUGAAAAUGUAGCAUGGUUUAUGCACAAAAGUAAGGUGUCCAUAGGGUAUCUAUUCGUCUGAUAAUUCAGUUACACUUUUGCGUUCAGUAAAACUUGAGGUAUGUGCGCUCAUUAUUAUCACGCAGUAUACAGAAUUGAGAUGGUACUUCUAGCCUGAAAUGCUGAGCAUUUCAUGUUGACAUGUUGUACUCCUUCUCUUUCAUACAAAAGAUGAGUCGUCAUUUGGGGCAGGGGCAUGACCACAGUCUACAAAAGAUAAUACUUUCACUAUGUUUUCUAUGAGGAAGUAAUAUUUCAAUUAAAAGACUGUACGAUAUUGUAAUAUUUUUUCAUCAUAAGUCUAGUAAAAAUGAUUGUGGUGUC